AUGGUGAAGCUUUUCUGUGCGUUGGCUGGAGCGGCAGGAAGCGCGUUCUCUGUGCGGGUUGAUGAGAGCGACACGGUUGAUGACUUACGGAACAUGAUCCGAGACCACCCACAGUUUGGCCACCCCAACAGCAAGCUUCAGCUGUUCUUGGCCAAGAAAGGCGGCGCGUGGCUGAAUAGUGAUGGCGCUGCGGCUGUGACGCUCGAUGAACAUGGAAACCCUCAAGGCUUCGAUAAGAUGGAUCCAUCGUUAUGGAUCAAGAACGACCGAUACUUUGGAGAGAAGUUUCAGCCGAACGAAGGGCAAAUCCACGUGCUGGCUGUGGUUCCGACUGAAGCGGCGGUGGUGCCAGCGUUAUCGCAGCAGUCGUUCUUUUGGAAGGAGCCAAAGUCGUUGGUGGCAACGACUGGUGCGAAUUGGGAUUUCCAGAAUUCAUUGGAUCUCGGCAACCUAGCAUCCGCCAUAGGCUGUCAUUAUGAAGCUUGGAGAGAUGGAAAGACGGACAAGCGAACUCAUCCGCUAUUCGUGUGCUUAGAUGGCCCCGGCACUGUAAAGUCGAGAUUGCUUGACGAAUUUCCGAAAAUCUUGCAGCAGCGAAUCUUUCGUGAUGAGACACAAGGCGAUCCAGCGAUGAAGCAGCUCUUGCAGACAGCCUACAAUUUCAAGAUUACGUUUGAAAAUGGAACAACCGACAACUAUGGCAUAUCCGAUCCGAGAAAAAUGAUUGGAACUCGAAUGCUAUACCAGCUGCAGGAGUCGGAUUGGACGAUGUUUAAUGCGAACCCAGUUAAUCAGGUGUUUUCUGCAGAAGUACUGACGAAAUUGUCGGCAAUCACCGAAACGGAUUCGAACCGAAUGUGCGUGAUUCUCUGUGUCGAUAGCUUGCAAAAGCUUCAGCAUGAACCAGGAAGCAAGCAUUCAGAGUUUUAUACGGCGUUUGCGUCGCUGUGUGACCUCGUCAAUGCCUCCAAGUGCUGGCUGAUUGUGAUCUGCGCGGCGACUAUUUCCCAGCCAGUGGAUGAAUUUCUGGCCGCUUCGCCACAAUGGAGAGAGAUGCUGCAGACGACAUCAUUGAAGCGCCCGAAGAUCGAUGGAAGAGACGUAUUUGAUACAUUCGACUAUGGCAAUGGAGCUUUGACGCAGCUAUUGGUGGAUGACAUGGGCGGGCAUGGCAGAGCAUUGGAAGAAUUGUUCAACGUGAUGCUGCAAAAUCAGGGGCAAGCUUUUGAAUUCAUUCCGGUGAUGCACAAUGUGCUGGCUGCCAUUCGACAAGCGUACCCUGCGAUUGUUGCCCCGAUGCAGAGUAUGAAGCAAGCAUUUCUUGCGGUGAUUUCUCGUCGGAGGGUCGAUGGAAAUUCGCUUUUCGGAAAUCUAACGCUUGAUCAAGUUAUCUCGUGCGGGUUGAUCCGACUCGAUGGAACCCAACUCCAAUGCCCGUUCAUUCUCUAUAUGCUGCUGGAAACACAUGAUAUUCCAUGGAGCAAACAUGCUACUUACGCACCGGCAGAACGGUUGGAAGACUUGAAACCUUGGCAACUUUGGGAGCAUUUUAACUGCAAGCUCCGAGUGUUGAAAUCGCAAGCUUUCGCCCAGGAGGAGCCUGUGCUGUGGACGGAUAUACAUCAUGGGGCACGGUUGGCGAU